AUGUGCAGAUGGGGUUGUCAGGCAAACGACACAACAUACAUGUGCAAGUGGUGUGGAACAAGAUUUUGUAAAGUUUGUCUGGUCGGAGACUUUCAAGGAAAAAUGAAAGCUGAGGACCACUGUUUUGUUUGCAAUCAGUUAAGAUGUAUUGGAAAACGCGUUGAAUAUGUACCGUCUACAAAGAAACCAGAAACAAAAUCUAUAAAGAAAGGAGGGGCGAGAAAAAGCAAAAAGAAAACAGGAAAAAGUGCAAAGAAGACUGGGAAGAGUAAAAAGAAGAAAAAGUAG